AUGUCGCAGCCAACCUACACCCUCGUGUUCGAGCCAAACCCGGCCGCCAAACCCUCCGUCCAGGAGUUCCGUACGCUCCUCGAGAAGGGCAGCGACGCAGACAAGAUCCACACGAUGAAGCGCAUCCUCGUGACGAUGCUCAACGGUGACCUCAUGCCGGACUUGUUGAUGCACAUCAUUCGCUACGUGAUGCCGUCCAAAAGCAAGGAGUUGAAGAAGUUGCUUUACUUCUACUGGGAGAUCGUGCCGAAGACCGGCGCUGACGGCAAGCUCAAACAGGAGAUGAUCCUCGUGUGCAACGCCAUCCAACAUGAUCUCGCGCACCCCAACGAGUACAUCCGCGGAAACACUUUGCGCUUCCUCGCGAAGCUCAAGCAGCCGGACCUCUUGGAACCAUUGGUGCCACAUGUACGCGCAUGUCUCGACCACCGCCACCUGUACGUGCGCAAGAACGCGGUCUUUGCGGUCUACGCCAUCUACCAGGUGUCCGAGCACUUGUUGCCGGAUGCCGACGAGCUCAUUGAGGUGUUCCUUACGGAGGAAACCGAUGCCACGUGCAAGCGCAAUGCGUUUGUGUGUCUCGGGGAUCUUGACCGCGAAAAGGCGUUGGGUUUUGUCCAACAGAAUCUCCAGCGCUUGGCCGCGCUCGAUGCGGCGUUGCAAUUGGCUAUCGUCGACUUUAUCAAGACGGACGCGCCGCGCGCGCCAGCCUUGCGCGCGACCUACGUGCAGAUCAUCCACGCGUUAUUGGAGUCCGCCUCCCACGCCGUCGUUUACGACGCCAGCACCGUCUUGACCGGUUUGUCGUCCAGCACCGUUGACACCGCGACUGCCGCGCGCAACCUCAUCUCGUUGGCCAUCAAGGAGUCCGACAACACCGUCAAGUUGAUCACGUUGGAGCAGGUGGACGAGUUGCGCGCGCGCAACGCAGGCGUGUUGGACGACGCCGCGUUGGACAUCUUGCGUGUGCUUUCUGCGCCGGACGUCGGUGUGCGCCGCAAGGCGCUCGACAUUGUAAUGAAGUUGGUGUCCGCGCGCAACGUUGACGACGUGGUCAAGUUGCUCAAGAAGGAGUUACAGAAAACGGUGGCCUCCAGCGACGAGGACACCGGUGAGUACCGCCAGGUCUUGAUCGGCGCCAUCCACCAGUGCGCGAUCCAGUUCGGCGAGGUCGCCGCGGAUGUCGUCGACCUCCUCUUAGAGUUCAUGGGCGAGUUAAACACCACCGCCGCCAGCGACAUCAUCACGUUUGUCAAGGAAGUGGUUGAGAAGUUCCCGGCCUUGCGCUCAGACAUCAUCCACAAGUUGAUCCGCGCAUCGUGCGGUGUCACCAGCGGCAAAGUUUACCGCAGCACGCUCUGGAUUUUCGGCGAGUACUGCUUGGACGAGAAGGACAUUCAGGCCGCCUGGCGCCACAUCCGCGCGGCCAUUGGCGAGAUCCCGAUCCUUGCCAGUGAAAAGAAAGUCAAAGGUGAGACCGAAGAGGUUAAAACCGAAAGUUCUGGCCCGGUCGUCUUGCCAGACGGCACGUACGCGUCGGAGAAUGCGUUGACGGUGGAAACGAAGCGUGAGACCGCCGUGCCAGCACUCCGCGCGCUCAUCCUCAAGGGCGACUUCUACACCGCCGCGGUGCUUGCCUCGACGUUGGUCAAGUUGGUGUUACGCUUCCAGGCGAGCACUGCAAACGCGGCCGUACUCAAUGCAUUGAAGGCCGAAGCGAUGUUGAUCAUGGUGUCGAUCUUGCGUGUAGGCGAGUCCAGCUACGUUGCCAAGAAGAUCGAUGAAGACUCGGCUGAGCGGAUUCUCGCAGGUAUCCGCUUCCUUACCGAAGAAACGAACGCAAAGUUUGUGGAGACCGUGUUCUUGGAGGACACCAAGCAGGCGUUCCGUGCGCAGGUCGAGGCGGCGGAGGCCAAGAAGGCACAUGCGCGUGCCGAAGCGUUGCACCAGAACGCUGCACAGGUCGACGAUGCGAUUGUCUUCAGGCAGUUCGAGGUUACCGCCGCUGCCACCGAAGAGAUCGUCGCCGCUGAUGCCGCUGAGGAUUUAUCCUCGCGCUUGAGCAAGCUCGUGCAGUUGACCGGGUUCUCAGACCCGGUCUACGCCGAGGCGUAUGUCAAGGUGCACCAGUUCGACGUGGUGUUGGACGUGUUGAUCGUGAACCAGACCACCGCUACGUUGCGCAACCUCACAGUGGAGUUUGCCACGUUGGGUGACUUGAAGGUUGUUGAUAAGCCAACCACCCUGAACGUCGGCCCGCACGGCUUCCACCGUGUGCAGGCCACCGUCAAGGUGACCUCCGCUGACACCGGUGUCAUUUUCGGGAACAUCAUCUACGAUGGGCAGCAUGCGAACGAGGCAACCACUGUCAUCUUGAACGACGUCCAUGUGGAUAUCAUGGACUACAUCAAGCCGGCCACAUGCACAGAGAACGCUUUCCGCACGAUGUGGAACGAGUUCGAGUGGGAGAACAAGAUUACCAUCAAGUCCAGCAUGGCGUCGUUGCACGAGUACCUUGACUCCUUGAUGGCCGGCACCAACAUGGCGUGCUUAACCCCGGGUGCCGUUGUCGGUGAGUGUCAGUUCUUGUCUGCCAACUUGUAUGCGCGUUCGUCCUUUGGCGAAGACGCGUUAGCGAACUUGUGUAUUGAAAAGAAGGCCGAUGGGCCGAUUGUCGGGCACGUCCGGAUUAGAUCCAAGGGCCAAGGCUUAGCGUUGUCUAUGGGCGACAGAAUCGCGUCAAUCUCCAGAAAGGCCAACAAACCGAAGAUCAACGUUGUUUAG